AGGGCUUCUGCUUUGGUUCUCUUUCUCUGCGCCGUUUUGUUUCACGUUGAAGAAGAAUGAGUCCCUCUAGAGAACCAUUAGCAGAAGCCAUAGAUGGCAAUCCAGAAUUGAAGACCAAGAAGAAAAAGAAGAAAGAAAGAAAAUUGGAGCAACAAAAAGAAGGGAAUCUGAAUCAAAAGCCGCAAGAAAUCGAAGAAAUCGAGCUCAAAGAGACUAAGAAAGAUAAGAAAAAGCGAAAGAAAGACAAGGAAAGGAACGGAGCCGCUGGAAGUGAAACCCAGGAAGACGAGCACAAAGGAAGUGGCGAAAUUGGUGAAAGAACUGAAGAGCAUAAGAAGAAGAAGAAAAAGCUGAAGAAAAAUGAGAAAAACGGAGAACCAAGUGAAAUCCACGAAGUGAAGCGAGAAUUAACUCAGAUUGGAGAUGAAAAUGGGAAGGAGAAGGUAGUAGUUAGUGGGAAGGAUGCAGAAGAAGCGAAAUACGCUCCCUUGAAAUCGUUUGCUGAUUCUAAGCUACCGGAGAAUGUCUUGGAUUGCUGCAAGAGCUUUAAGAGCCCGUCUCCUAUUCAGGCUCAUGCAUGGCCUUUUCUAUUGGAUGGCCGUGAUUUUAUUGGCAUUGCAAAAACUGGAUCAGGUAAGACUUUGGCAUUUGGUGUGCCGGGAAUCAUGCAUGUAUUGCGCAACCGAAAGGGUAAAGUAUCAAAAGGGACAUAUCCACGCUGCCUUGUACUUUCCCCUACUAGGGAGUUAGCUGAGCAGAUAUCAAAUGUUUUGUGUGAUGCUGGAAAUUCAUGUGGUGUGAAAUCAGUAUGUCUAUAUGGAGGAACCCCUAAAGGACCUCAAAUUUCUGCCUUGAAGUCUGGUGUUGAUAUAGUCAUUGGAACACCAGGUCGUUUGAAGGAUUUGAUAAAUAUGGAAGUCUGCCACCUUUCAGAGGUAUCCUUUGUGGUCCUAGAUGAAGCUGAUCGAAUGCUUGACAUGGGAUUUGAGGAGGAUGUUCGCUCUAUAUUGGGAAAGACAAGUUCUGCUCGACAGAUGGUAAUGUUUAGUGCUACAUGGCCUUUGGAAGUUCAUCAAUUGGCUCAGGAGUACAUGGAUCCUGAUCCUGUUAAGGUUGUGAUAGGUUCUGAAGAUUUAGCUGCCAACCAUGAUGUUAUGCAGAUAGUUGAGGUUUUGGAUGAGCGAUCACGUAAUCAGCGCUUGAUUGAUUUGCUGAAAAAGUACCAUGAAUCUAAGAGGAAUAGAGUUUUGGUAUUUGUCUUGUACCAGGCAGAAGCUGAUCGUGUUGAAAUUAUGCUGCAACGAGGGGGUUGGAAUGUUGUUGCUAUACAUGGUCGCAAAGCACAACAUGACCGUACUAAGGCACUAUCACUAUUCAAGAAAGGAAGCUGUCCUCUAAUGGUAGCUACAGAUGUGGCUGCGCGAGGAUUAGAUAUUCCCGAGGUUGAAGUAGUGAUCAAUUAUAGCUUCCCUCUAACUACAGAGGAUUAUGUCCACCGCAUUGGGAGGACUGGAAGGGCUGGUCGGAAGGGUGUUGCUCACACAUUCUUCACUCAGCAAAACAAGGGACUUGCUGGAGAGCUGAUAAAUGUGCUCAAAGAAGCCAGCCAAAUUGUGCCAGCUGACUUAUUGAAAUUUGGAACUCAUGUGAAGAAAAAGGAAUCAAAGCUAUACGGCGCUCAUUUCAGAGAAAUCUCUGCAGAUGCACCAAAGGCUAAAAAAAUCACAUUUGAUAACUCUGAUGACGAAAGCUGAUCAAUGUGGUCCCAAAAUCUCAGAUUGUUUGCCGAAGACAUAUAUAAUUGAUUAUACAAAACUGGUAAACGGCUUUUCAUUUUGUUAUUUCUUAUUUACCUACUAUUAUAUUCCUACAGAUAGAGGCAGUGAGUCCUGAAUGUGAUUCUAUCUGCCUAUCACUGAGCAGAUGUUCUUGCAAAAUUUUCUCCUGUCCCCAUUCCAUGUGCUGAAUUCUUUUCUUGUAACUUAAACAAAAUGAAAUUUUGGUAAAUUUUUUUCGUUGAUGUCCUCUUUUUCCUUGAUCCAUUAAAGUUUGCAACUAAAU